CUUCAGCAUGAAGCGAACGAGCGCGGCUUCUUCCUGACACAUCGCCCCGUCCACUGUUUGAACCAUGGCAUCGGAGCAAUCAGUGCUAGUCGUCGGCGCCGGUCCCGUUGGGCUGCUCACAGCGCUCCGCCUCGCCAAAGCUAACAUUUCCGUCACCGUCGUCGAAAAGCUCCCUGAGAUCGAAAACUCGCCCCGCGCCGCCGUGUACCACCCUGUCGCCGUGCAAGAGCUCGAUCGCGCCGGGGUCCUCCACGACUGUCGCGAAAUUGGAACGUCGAGUACGAAGAUCGCCUGGCGGAAGAUCACGGGUGAGGUGAUCGUCGAGAUGGAGCGGCACCCUUCGAAAGAGGAGCCGUACGAGAACUUGAUUCUGGGCCAGCACGAGUUGGCUGAGGUUAUUUUCAAGCAUUUCAAGGCAUGCAAGGGCUCCAAGGUCUUGUUUCGGCAUUGCGUGAAGGCGAUAGAGUGGGAUGAGAGCAGGGCCGUAGUGGAAGUGGAGACGCCGGAAGGGAUGAAGAAGAUGACGGCCAAGUACGUGGUCGGGGCCGAUGGUGGUAGAAGUACAGUGCGGCAGCUGGCUGGAGUUACGUUCGACGGAUUUACCUGGCCGCAGCAGAUCGUUGCGACGAAUGUUGUGUAUCCCUUCGAGAAGUACGGAUACUCGACCGGAAAUCAGAUCGUUCAUCCCGAUCACUUCUGCGUCGUCGCAAAACUGGACAACGAAGGUUUGUAUCGGGUGUCAUACGGCGAAAAGACUGACUUUUCAACCGAGGAACUCCGUGCUAGAUUGGAGAUGAAGUACGAAGCGAUAUUCCCCGGACCGCGGCCUCUACAGUACGAUCUAAAGAUGUUCUCGCCAUACCGGCUUCACCAAAAAUGCGCCAGUAAAUUUCGAAUUGGUCGCAUACUCCUUGCCGGCGAUGCCGCGCACCUAUGUAAUCCGUUCGGAGGGCUGGGACUAACGGGAGGCUUGCUUGACGCUGGAGCAUUGGGUGAUGCACUCAUUGCCCUCCUUAGAGAUGGCAUGUCGGAGAGCAUUCUCGAUCGGUAUGACGAAGUGCGACGAGCUGUCUUCAAGAACGUUAUCGAUCCAGCGUCGCAAGCCAACCUCCGUCGUCUAUGCGAGACGGACCCGGAAACGGUGCACGAGACGGAUCCGUUCUUCAAGAGCAUCCUCGAAGCGGACGAGGAUGGAAAGGAGAGGAUAAGGGGUAUGAUGCAGCUGCGGGUUGACCUGUUAGAUCAAGGGGCCGUUUAAGCGUAGAGGUAUUGUCAGC